CACUCGCAAUCGGUCGCGUCAAUUUGUACGGCAAAUUAAAAUUGUUUCGAGGGAACGACGUCGAGGGGAUUUAAACUGUUUGUGUUAUAGACCUGAUGCUGGGCACAAGAAUAUUUUACUCAACGAGGCGUACGUUCGCUACUGCUGCUGCUUCUUUCUAGGGUCCUAGUGUUGUUUUUGGUUGCUUCUUCUUUAUUUUAAUUGGGCGGUAAUGGCGCAGUUGAAAAUAGCGAUCAUUGGCCAGAGUAAUUUUGCUGCCGACGUCUACAAACUCCUCCGACAAGAUGGGCAUCACAUCAGCGGCGUGUUUACGAUACCUGACAAGGGAAAUCGCGAGGAUCCGUUAGCCGCAAUUGCAAAGGCUGACAACACUCCCGUCUUCAAGAUCAAAGCAUGGCGAAGCAAGGGCGUCACCCUUCCCGAGGUGCUGGACAUCUACAAAGGGCUCGACAUCGACCUGAACGUUCUGCCAUUCUGCAGUCAAUUCAUACCCAUGGAAGUUAUAAACCAUCCACGCUACCAGAGUAUCUGCUAUCACCCAUCCAUAUUGCCUCGUCAUCGCGGAGCGAGCGCUAUCAGCUGGACGCUCAUCGAAGGUGACAAAGAAGCUGGAUUCUCGAUCUUCUGGGCUGACGAUGGCCUAGACACGGGGCCAAUUUUACUUCAGCGUUCUUGCCGAUUGGAGCCAGACGACACCCUCGACACUAUAUACAACAGAUUCCUCUACCCGGAAGGUGUCACCGCGAUGGGCGAGGCGGUGAAUCUCGUUGCCAAAGGAAUCGCGCCGAAAAUCAAGCAAACUGAAAAAGGUGCCACGUACGACCCGAUGCUUAACAAGAAGGAAUUGCAACAGGUGGACUGGAAAAAGUCGGCCGAGGGUGUGCACAACUUUAUCAGAGCCUUGGACAGUACUCCAGGUGCCUGGACAUUGAUCAACGGCGAAGAAGUUCGUUUGUUCGGCUCCUCUAUGUGGACAGCAUCCAAGCCCGAAGGUGACGUGGUGGACGUUGGCGGGCAAGAAGGUAUCGUCCACGGGGCUGGUCUCCUGGUGAAGGCGGCGGACGGAAAGCUUGUGAAUAUCGAACGGUUGAAGAUCGGGACAAAAAUGUUGCCUGCGAGUAAGUUUGGAAAGGCAGCGGACGAGGUUCAGUCGAUCGAAUUCACGGAGGAGGAGUUGAAGAACACGGAGGCGAUACGGGCCAUGUGGCGAAGCAUACUGAACAUCGACGUCGAAGACAGUACCGACUUCUUUGCGUCCGGUGCCGGGAGCAUGGACGUCGUCAGGCUCGUCGAAGAGAUCAAAGACAACUUUGGCGUUACUCUGCAAAACACGGACGUCUUCAUGGCGCCUACUUUUCAAGAUUUCGCCGUCGUUGUCGCCUUGGCUGGCCGAGGUGCCUCCGCUUCGAAGGAAAUCAAGUACGACGCUGUCACCUUACACGUUAACAACAUGGACGUCAAGUUCCCGAGACAACUCUUUAUAAACGGGGAAUUCGUCAACGGUGAAGGCAAACCUCUGAACACCGUAAACCCGCACGACGAGACCGUUAUCUGCACCGUAGAGAGUUCGUCCGCCAACGACGUGGACAGAGCCGUUAAGGCCGCUAAAGCUGCCUUCGACGAUGGUGAAUGGGGCAAGAUCAGCGCCAGGGAACGAGCUACGCUACUCUUCAAAUUGGCGGACUUGAUGGAGCAGCACAAGGAGGAAUUGGCGACGAUCGAGAGCAUAGAUUCAGGCGCGGUUUACACUCUGGCGCUCAAAACGCACGUCGGAAUGUCCAUAGACACUUGGCGAUACUUCGCCGGUUGGUGCGACAAGAUUCAAGGAUCGACGAUACCGAUUUCGCACGCGCGGCCUAACCGUAAUCUGACGAUAACGAGAAAAGAGCCGAUCGGUGUUUGCGGUCUUGUGACACCAUGGAACUAUCCCCUGAUGAUGCUGUCUUGGAAAAUGGCAGCCUGUCUGGCCGCCGGUAACACGGUGGUGAUGAAACCGGCCCAAGUGUCUCCUCUCACCGCUCUGAAAUUCGCCGAGUUGUCAGCUUUGGCCGGUAUUCCGCCCGGAGUGAUCAACAUCGUUCCGGGAUCAGGUUCCAUCACCGGAACCGCGAUCGCCACUCACCCACUCGUCAGGAAGCUGGGAUUCACCGGAUCAACCGAGAUCGGACAGGUGAUCAUGAGGUCCUGCGCCGAGAGCAACCUGAAGAAGGUGUCCCUCGAGUUGGGGGGCAAGAGUCCCUUGGUCAUAUUCGAUGACGCGGACAUUCAGCACGCGGUAAGAACCGGAAUGAACAGCGUGUUCUUUAACAAAGGAGAGAACUGCAUAGCGGCUGGACGGAUUUUCGUCGAGGCGACGAUCCACGACGAGUUCGUUCGUCGGGUCGUCGAGGAGGCGAAGAAAAUCGUGAUCGGAGAUCCGCUGAACAGGCGGACCUCUCACGGGCCCCAAAAUCACAAGGCGCACAUGGACAAACUUAUCGAAUUCGUCCAAAAGGGUGUCGAAGAUGGUGCCAAGCUCGAGUACGGUGGAAAACGUCUCGACACUCCUGGCUGGUAUUUCCAGCCAACGAUAUUCAGCAACGUCGAGGACCACAUGUUCAUCGCCAAGGAGGAGUCCUUCGGACCCAUCAUGGUCAUUUCCAAAUUCCACGCGAAAGACAUGGACGACAUGAUCAAGAGAGCGAACAGCACCGAGUACGGUCUCGCUUCCGGGGUUUUGACCAAGGACGUCAGCAGGGCGCUCAGGUUCGCCGAAAAGAUCGACGCCGGCACAGUCUUCGUUAAUACCUACAACAAAACUGACGUCGCUGCGCCCUUCGGCGGCUUCAAACAGUCCGGGUUUGGCAAGGACCUCGGACAGGAAGCUCUCAAUGAAUAUCUCAAGACUAAGACCAUCACCAUUGAAUACUAGAUCUAUCAUUAUCGCGGAGGGACUGGUCUCGUUGCUGCAGUUUCAACUCGAUGACAAUUGAAUAGAAGAACUGAAGAAAAGACGUAACUUUCCCGUACCUAUUCGAAAAUUAUACCGAUUCUCUGGGAUUUAGUAUCAUGCGUGAUGCGGGCAACAUAAAUGAUCCCUGCGUCUAUCCGACAUCAUUUCACUUGCUGACAGCUGUUUAAAAUUAUUUGUUAUACAAUUAGUUUUUACAUCUUUCAUAUACUAUCAAACUACGGUUAAAUUUUAUUACGAAUGUGUAAGUGUAUGGAUGCUUUAUUUAUAUAAAAAUACUUUUAUAAAAUAA